AGUUUAAAUGCGGCUGGCUAGCGAAACGGUUUGAAACAAAAUUUCUUGCGUGCGAUUUGUCUUGAUUCCGCUUCGAAUUUAUUUUUUUCUUUAAAUUUCUUGUGUUGUGUGUGUUCCUGAUAAAACAGUUUUUUUUUCGCUGUUAUUUAUUUGUUUAUAUUUGUUCGAUUCAAUUCGACAGUCGAUUUUGUGUAUAAAUGUUGUUUGGUUUUGAAUUUUACUCUUCUUGUAAAUGGAUUUUAAGUAAUUUGAAAAUUUCCACGAAGAGGAAUGAGUGAAAUUGUUCGUGUUAAUCGCGGCUAUCCGUGCAUUCGUCAAAAUAAAAAAUGAACCAAUUUAAAUGACAAUCCGUUAAAGUGAUCCGAUUUUGCAGCCACAAGAAUUGUUUUUUUUUUCGCAAUCAAUCAUAUGGGAUUUUAUGGUUUUUUUUCUUCUUCUUCUAUCGUUUAUCAAACAUUUGCCAGUGAAAAAUCUCAACGUAACGUGCAUUUGAUAUUGAAUUGUCUACGAAACAAAAAGUAAAUUUUAAAUCAUGUUGUAUUCAAUGUGGCUGAUCUCUUUGUUGUUACCUUACUCGAUGAGCAUAUCCAUUUCUUCGUCUGCGACCGCCACAUCAACGGCUAUCACAGCACAGUCAUCAGGAGUGAGACCAGAACGAACGAGAUUUAAUUGUACAUCAAAAGAAAUCCAAUGUGACGAAACGAAAGCAAGAUCCGUUUGCGGCACAGACAACAAAACCUAUAACACCCGAUGUCAUUUGCUGCGAGCACAAUGUAUCAAUCACAAAGUGAAUUUGAAACAUCGUGGCCCAUGUAAAGAAUAUUAUUCGUACACAGAGUGUCUGGAAACUCGUACGUAUGCGAUCGCACAUCGAUCUUCGUCGCACAAGAAAUUUGUGCCAAGAUGCCGUUCGGACGGCACCUAUUCGGCCAUUCAGUGUAUGGGCGGUGCCGGUUGUUGGUGUUCCGAUGGCCAAGGUAAACCCAUUCCGAAUACUACAACAACGACGGGCAAACCAAUUUGCCCGAAAAUCAGUAAAGUUAACAUUCGACGAUCACCGUCACGAAGCCAAAGUGUUAGUCGCACAAAAAAUCGAAGUCGCAUUUGCCGACGAAAAGAUCAACGUCUGUUCAAUGGCAAUUUACUGAAGAGCUUCUAUGGUGAAUAUAGCCGGGCACAUCCAAUGGAGAACAUGCCAACGGAUAAAAUUGUGCUCGACUGGAAAUUCAAUCAAUUGGAUGUCAACAAAGACGAUAAAAUACACAAAUUGGAAUUUAGAGAGAUGCGGCGUUUGGUGCGAAAGGCGGUUAAGCCAAAACGAUGUGCCCGUCUUUUCGGUAAGCAGCUCAGUUGUGACAUUGAUUUUGAUGAGAAACUUUCGCGACAGGAGUGGGUGAACUGCUUAACGAAGGAGAAAUACAUUCCGGAUCAUGGCAAUAGAUCACAAGGUGAAGACUAUGAGGAGAGUGAAGAAGAUGAUUAUGACAACGAUGAUGACGAAGAUGACCAUAUCAGUGAGCGAAAACCGUUUCCGUUCUUCACACCAGUCACACCAUAUCCACCAGUUUAUUUGCUUCGAUCGAAAACAAUCAUUGAAGCCGAUCCAGUAUUACGCGAAGCUGAAACUGAAUCUGAUUGCCUGACCGAUCGAGCAGCCGCGUUAGACGAACAAAAAAAUGGUGCUCAAGCGUGGUAUGUCCCAGAGUGCACAACUGAUGGUCGCUAUCAACGAAUCCAGUGCUAUCGUUCUGUUGGCUAUUGCUGGUGUGUUCAUGAGGACACUGGCAAAAAUAUUCCGGGCACAUCGAUAAAAGAUGGCAAACCCGACUGUGCAAUAAACGUUUCGCGGCCGAUGAAAGGUUGCCCGGAACCACGAAAACUCGAAUUUCUCAAAGAGCUGAAGGAGUUUUUGCGAACUCAAAUCUCCAGUACGUCAACGAAUAGCGCUAAUGCAACGAAUUGGUCGAGCGACGAAGAGCGAGUAGCCACGUUGAGUUUUGUAUUGAUUGACAAAAAUAAAAAUAAAGUUUGGGAGCGAAAGGAAUGGAAAAUAUUCCGCGAACUUGUCACCGUUGCAAGUGUAUUGAAAAAGUGUGGUAAAAAAAUGCCACGAUAUUGUGAUCUAAAUAAUGAUAAAAAACUAACGUUAUCCGAGUGGCUGAACUGUCUUCAAGUGCCAACAAAUGUGCAAAAAUCGAAAACAUCUGAAACGAAUCAACAACGGCCGACACAAAGUGCCUUGAAACUCAAAGGACCGAAUCCGCUAGAGUCCUAUCUCAAAAGUGAUUGAAAUGAAUAAAUUAUGGACAAUAAAUACAUAGUCUACCCUAAUGUUUAAGUAAUUUAAUUUUUUUUUUGAUAUGAAACAAAAAUGAACAGAAGAUCAAAAAAAAAAUCCAUACACAUUUGCAAAUUUUUACAUUUCAUUCUAAUGCAUUGUAAGCGUAAUACCAGUAUUUGUGAGAACGUUAUUUAUGUAACUAUGAAUAGUCCUACAUCGGGGCGGGAAUGGAACGAGAAAGAGAUGAGGAAACAUCCGCACGGAAUAUUUAGUUAGCAUUUUAGAUGUAGGUACGAUUGUUGUGAAAUAUGUGUGAAACAUUUGUACGAGAUGACGAUUGUAGCGAGCUGAGAGUGCCAUGUAUUUUUUUUUACUAAGACGACAUAUAUAGUUUGUCUUGCAAAUGCUUGUUUUUAUAAAUAAAUACACGUAAUGCACUAUGCAUCGAUUGUCAAAAAGGGAUCAAAAUUUAUAUGUUUAAUAAUAAUUAGGAAUUGUUUUUUUAAGCAUUGAUUGGCAUUUAUCGCAUCAAAAUAUUAUACGUACAUAAUGUUUAGUUCAACCAGUGAUUGAUUCGAAAUCGAAAAUUUCGAUUUUCCGAACUCUUUUGGAUCAUGUACAAAAAAUUGUUUGUCCAUCAAUAUACAAAUAUAUUAAAAAUCAAAAUGCGGAUUUCGUUUAAUUGAAUUGAAAAAAAAAACUGUAUUUUUUUGUAUCAAAAGAAAUAUCUUGAUAUUUUUUUAAAAUAAAUGCAUCCCAAUUAUUUUGAUUUAAA